GGCAGGACCAGUGAUGCAGAGUUCCAUUCAUUAGUUCAUCACCUCCGAACCGUUCAGCCGCUGCUCUUACUCCAAGGCAUUCUCUGGACACCUUAUCUGGAAGGACACAGCAUAUUACUUCCUAACAAUAACUGUGAGCUGGAAACCAAGUUAACCCCAAGGUCUCAGAACAUCACACAGCAUCCACACAUCAUGACAACGAAUGCAUCUAGCAACUGCAGUCUCACAAGUUUAGAGCUCUACUACCACGUUUAUCUCCUUGAAUUUACUCUUUAUGUCAUCAUUUUCUUUUUUGGAGCAAUAUUUAAUGCCCUUGCCCUGUGGGUGUUCUUCUACAAAGUAAAGAAGUGGACAGAAACCAGGGUGUACGUAAUCAAUUUAGUCUUUGCAGAUUGCUCCAUUAUCUGCACCUUGCCAUUCAUGGCCUAUUUACUCUGGAAUAAGUCAGUCCGAGAUGAACUCUGCCAGUUUACAGAGGCAAUGUAUAUUAUCAACAUGGUAGUAAGCAUCUACAUCAUUUCAUUUAUUUCUCUCGAUCGAUACAUUGCUAUAAAGCACCCCCUGAAAGCUAAGGCCUUCAGGUCUCCAUUGAAGGCUGCACUUCUCUGUGGACUUCUUUGGGUCGCUGUGAUAAUCAGCACCGCCUUACAACUUCAGCAGAGACAGGCCACGUUCUGCUUUCAGAAGGAUAGUGCCACACCAACUAUUUUGACCCUGCUUUCACUUUUCUUUGUUUUUACUCUUCCAUUAGCCACCUUGACCUUUUGUUCCAUUGCAAUCAUCAGGAACUUGAAGAGAAGGCUGAACACAAGUUCGCUGGAGGAGAAAUUAAUCCACAAAGCUAUUUAUAUUAUUUAUACAAAUAUGGCUGUAUUUUUAAUAUGUUUUCUCCCAGCCUACCUUGGGGUACUUACCAGGUUCAUAAUGGAAAGCAUUGGGGUUACCUGUUCCGUGAUUCGGGUUAUGAGGAACUUGUCUUCUGUGACGAGGUGCAUUGCCACAUCUAACUGCUGCCUGGAUAGCAUUUGCUAUUAUUUUGUGACCAAGGAAUUCCAAGAGGCCCUUCUGUCCAAACCCAGCACUGACAAAAACAAAUCAAAUCCACACUUCUCAGAUACAGACUUGCUAAAGGAAGAUAAGAAAAAACCACACAAACAAAACACCCACCAUGCAAUGUCAAGACAAGAUACAGCUUCAGUGUCACUGGGAUAACUAUUACUCUCUCUUUCUCCAGGGAGAGCUUUGUUGGGUUAUCUCACUACUAACCGAGUUCUACACUAUAUUCUAUAUUUCUAUUAAAGAAGUGAGUUGUUAUCUACAGAUGUGUAAAAGCAGGCAUGUAAUCUCUGUUCAUUAACAUGUCUCCCUUCCCUUCCACACUUUACUCCUAUAGGAAGACAGGUCACUUGAGUGUAUCUCCCUAUUGUAUUUCAUUUUGUAACCAGUCCACUGGCCCUUAAUGUCAACCCAUAUUACAA